AAAACUUCAAUCGUGUUCAUUGCAAAAUAAUUUUAUAUAACAUUUAAAAAUUAUAUUGUGGGAGUAACACGGUUCGUAAAAAGUUGUGAAUAUUGGUGACAAUAAAUAUAGUUAUUUUGUGUGAUCGCGUUUAGACGUGAAUUGAAUUCUUGCAGUUUUCACAAAUAUUGAUAUAAAUUAAAUCAUAAUCAGCAAGAUGCCGUGCCCGUUUUUGACGCGUUUCAGCAGCAACUACUUGCGUAACUAUGCGCCCAAUCUUCUUAAGAACUACGCCCAAUUUUGUCCAGUGGCGGCCAACGCGAUGUCUUCCGUUAGCCAGGGACAGAUGCAGGAAGGACAGGCGCAGGCAACUGCAACUAAGAGCGAUUUAUUGGGACCCCAAUCUUGUCCCUUUUUGAAAGAAUCCAGCAAGUCUUUAGUAAAAGAAGUCAGCCAAGAGAUUAAAGAUGACAUUUUGGAUUCCACAGUAGAUUCUUUGGAAAAUAAAGACGAUGUUGCAGUAGAACAAGAGCCCUAUCCUUAUGAACAGUUUUUCCGCGAACAAAUUAUGCGCAAGAAAAAGGAUCAUUCGUACCGCGUGUUCAAGAAGGUAAAUCGCCUAGCUGGUGUGGGACAAUUUCCAAGUGCUUUUGAGUACUCUUGGGGCGAAAAACCAAUCACUGUAUGGUGCUCGAAUGAUUAUUUGGGAAUGUCAUGCCAUCCAGAAGUCAAGGACGCUGUUAGAACUGCUCUGGACAAGCACGGAGCCGGUGCAGGUGGCACCAGAAACAUUUCAGGAAAUUCUUUGUACCAUGAGAAUCUAGAAAAAGAGCUCGCCAAACUGCAUCAGAAAGAAGCUGCAUUGCUAUUUACCUCAUGUUUCGUUGCAAACGAUUCAACCUUAUUUACUUUGGCCAAAGCGCUUCCGAACUGCCACAUAUUCUCUGAUGCUGGUAACCAUGCGUCCAUGAUUCAGGGCAUAUGCAACAGCCGUGUUCCCAAGCACAUUUUUAGACAUAAUGAUGUCGCACAUUUAGAAGAAUUAUUGUCUAAGGUUGAUAUAGGCAUUCCCAAAAUAGUCGCUUUUGAGACUGUGCAUUCCAUGACAGGAGCAGUUUGUCCAUUGGAGCAAUUGUGCGAAGUGGCACACCGCUAUGGGGCAAUUACAUUUGUUGAUGAGGUACACGCCGUUGGUCUUUAUGGUGACCAUGGUGCCGGAAUCGGUGAACGCGAUGGACAACUCGAUGCCAUUGACAUUGUUUCCGGAACCCUCGGAAAAGCAUUUGGCAAUGUCGGCGGAUAUAUAGCUGGAUCAUCCCUUCUUGUCGACAUGAUAAGAUCAUACGCAGCAGGUUUUAUAUUCACAACUUCACUACCUCCAACUGUAUUGGCUGGUGCUCUACGCGCUGUGCAGAUAUUAGCAUCGGAUGAAGGUCGGGAAUUGCGUCAUAAACACCAGGAAAAUGUUCGAUAUAUGCGCAAAAGAUUGAUGGAAGAGGGCUUUCCGGUGGAACACACUCCGAGUCAUAUUAUACCCAUAAAGAUUGGUGAUCCGAAAAUCUGCACAGCAGUAUCGGAUAAACUUUUGAAACAAUAUGGACAUUAUGUGCAAGCUAUUAAUUAUCCAACUGUGGCUCGCGGAGAAGAAAAAUUGCGUAUGGCACCAACGCCUCAUCAUACUAAACCUAUGAUGGAGCAACUUUUGCUGGAUAUGAGAGCCAUUUGGAAUGAACUGGGUUUGCCUCUAAAAACACCAGUUUGUUCAUCGGAAUGUAAGUUUUGUCGUAAACCUUUAUUGUACGAUCAUUAUGAAGCUAGAACAAGAGGCAACAAAUACAAGAGUGCUGAACCAUGCACAAUUCCAAACUGCCCGCAAAUGAUUGCUGUAGCAAUGUAAUCAUAAACCUAGUUAUAUCCUUAAACAUUAUUAAAAUUCAGGUUUAUUGGUGUGAGUUCAUACUCACAAAAAUACAUGUGCUAAUUCUAUAUUGUGAUUCAUAAUUAAACUAACCUACUACUAAAAAUUGUUGUUAAUCGAAUAAAUUUUAAAUGUUUUAAAUGACCUCAAAUUAAAUUUAAGGUCUGCCGUGGAUCAUGAAUUUAUUUUAAUAAUAAAUUGGAUAUAUAUGGGCCAACAUUAUUUA